AUGAGAGCUGAGAACCGCUGCCUGACGAUCGUCCGAAACCCGUGGUUUGAGCGCCUGACGUUGUCCGUCAUCUUCUUGAAUGCCGUGGAAAUGGCAAUCAACGCAGAAUUCAGCGACUACACGGUGAUUACUGAAGCGGACCCGAUCUUCAUUGUAGCAGAAGUCUUGUUUUGCAUCUUCUUCACUGUGGAGCUUGUCAUCAGAUAUGCCACCUAUAUUUCUACCUGCCAAGCACUGAAAGACGCGUGGUUCUCCUUCGACUUUGCGCUGGUCGUGCUUAUGAACGUCGAGAUUGCAUUCGUAAACUUGUUUCCUUUUAUCAUCCUGCUAACGAUGGAUGUGAGCUUGCGGCGUUUGUCAACCGUCUAUCGGACAUGCGAUCUUCUUGAGGUCUUUCCACUUCUGAGUGCGGUCGGGCAGGGCGGAGACACUCUCAACACAGCCAAUGCUUUGCGAGUGGCUCGUGUGCUGCGAGUGCUCCGAACAGCUCGUCUAGUGAAGCUGAUGCCCGAGCUGAUGAUCCUCGUGAAGGGCAUGCUGGUGGCCUGCCGUUCCGUCUUCUUUACACUGGUCCUGCUGCUCCUUAUCACUUUCGUCUUCAGCAUCACCUUCAUCGAGUUCAGCCGUGGCCACCCAAACUUGGAAAAUGAGUAUUUCUCUUCUAUGGGCACUUCUAUCAUGACGCUGAUCUUGAGAUGUGUGCUUCCAGAUCAGGAGGUCUUCAUCAACAUCAUCUCCUCAGAGAGUUGGCCGCUGGCAGCGCUUCUAUUGCUGUUUAUUCUACUUGGAUCCUUAACGGUGAUGAACAUGCUGUUGGGCGUCCUGGUAGAGGCCGUGAAAACGGUUUCGACGAUCGAGCGAGAGCAGCUGGAUGCCGACUUUGCCAGAAAAGUUCUGUGGGAGCUCAUCGACAAGGAGGGAGAUGAGGAUGGGGACAACUUACUCUCAGAGAAGGAGUUCGUGAAUCUCUUGAAGAAGCCGAAGGCUGCCCGAGCCUUGAUGAGCCUGGGUGUGGAUGUGUCGGCUGCUUACGACUACGGCAGGCUGCUUUUCGAGGAUGGUGAGAAGGCAUCAUUCGUGGAUUUCAUGCAAGCUAUGCUAACGCUUCGUGGCUCGAACAAGACCACAGUGAAGGAUAUUGUCGAGCUCCGCAAGUUCUUGUCUGAGGAGUUCCAUCAAGUCGAGACCUUGGUUUGUGAGCUCUGCAACUUCCUCGGCGAGAUUCUGGAACCUAAUUCCACGUCACAGUAUGCCACGCCGAG